AUGUCAUUAUCUUCAGACUCUGACAGCGACACAGGCAAGCGUAAAGGCUUUAAAAUCGGUUCAUCGGGGACUCCAGUUCGCUGGAACGGAGACGACUGGACUUUCUACAAGCAUGCCAUGAUUAAUGCUUUCGAGGAGAGCUUAUUGGAUCAGAUCGCUAUCGGAAAGGAGACUUUGGACGAUACUUGGAAUGCUGAACAGAAAGGUGAAUUCAAGAAGAAGCAAGCGAAGAUCAAGAUAUUGAUUCAAGGAUCGCUUUCGAUGAAACUUGCGAAGCAAGUGAUGAUGAAAGGGACAGGCACGGAGAUGUGGUCCGAACUCGUAUCGAUAUAUGAGGGCAAGCCAAAUCCUGCUAUGACCGCGCAGAAGGUGUAUCGUUUACAAGGCGAGCUACACAGGACUCACAUGCGUGGAAAGGGCAACGUGCGAAGCCACCUACACAAGCUUUUUGAUAUUAAAAAUCAACUUGCGAAUUUAGGCUCGCCCGUGAAUGACUUGCAGAUGGUGAAUCGAAUGCUGCGAAGUCUUCCGGCACUAACGUGCUAUGAUGAAUUACGACGCAAAGUCUUAUUCAGCUCUAAUAUGACGAAGUACACACCAGAUCUACUUCGAGAGAUGAUCAUUACUGCUGAAUCGAGAAGUGAAGACUGGGAAGGUAAUAUCUUCGGCUACAAGGAGCGAAAGAGGACCCAGGGCAAGCACGGUGGCAGUAAACAAGGUAGGGGGCCACACAAACCUUUGGACAAGAAGCCAGCAACCAAGACAAGGAGUGAUGGUUGUUAUAAUUGUGGUGGGGAUCAUUUUAAACGUGAUUGCCCGGAUCUGGAUGGAAAGAAGAACGCAAGAACAAAUUACGCGUGUUCAGGCGGGACACCAUUAGAACAAGGAGUCAAAGAAAAUCGGGACGAUGAAAGUGAAGAUGCACAAAAGCGUGAAGUCGUGAUUGGAGAAGUUGUCAAGCUUGUCGAUAAAGACUAUGAACCUUGUCGAUGGUACUUUGACACGGGGUCCAAUGCACAUAUCACAGCGUGCAAAGAGUACUUCACGACGCUGCAAAGCAUGGAAGAUAGCGAGUGGAACCCAACUAUCUCGAGGUUUGCUGACGGCGUCGAUGCCAAAGCGGAAGGAUUUGGGACUAUCCUUCUUGAAGCUAUGGUUGACGAGCAAAUGGUGAUGUUGAUGAUUGAGGAUGUUUUGUACGUCCCAAGUGCUGGCUGCAACCUUUUUUCACCUGGGUUAUCACUAGACCAAGGAUUUAAGAUGACGUGGGAAAAUGAUGCGCGAUUGUUCGGAAUGAUGAAAGAUGGAGCAGAUGUGAUUCGAACGUCUUAUGAAAACCACCUGUGGACAUUUUUGACUCACAACAUCAGCAGUUGUGUGAACAUAAAGGGCCGCAUUAAAGACAAGAAGACAGUAUUUGCAAACUUUGCUGUUACGGAUGGUGUUGCAGACAUUGACGUCUGGCAUGGAAGACUUGGACAUGUAUGUCCAGAGUACAUCAGGCUGAUGGUUGAUUGUGGAUUAGCUAAGGGUAUCAUGCUUCAACGCCGGGGUAAAGUUGACUGUGCGGAUUGCCACUUCGGCAAGCAACGCAGAAAGACAUACCGUAAGACACUCGACAGGAACAUCACGAGAGUGAAUGAUGUUAUUUUCGCUGACUUACUUAUACCUGGGGUGAGUAAUGGAUCACCAUAUUCCGCGGUUCUAGUGGUCAUGGAUGGCUUCUCGCGCUACGUGAAGACCUAUUUGUUGAAGUCUAAGACCGAGGGCGAAGUGAACCAACAUAUAAAGAAUUAUAUAAAGUAA